AUGGCCAGUCCAUUACGCCUCAUGUGCUCGAUGCUGAAAGAGGUUAGGGAUGACCUUUUCCGUCCUGAUGUUACUCGAAGUGGCAUGCUCGUGAACCCUGGCGCAGAGCCGGACCUCCCCGAAGAAGGCUCAGCUGACGAAGAAGAUGCCGGGGCUACGGAUGAGGCGCAGCCGAUGCCGUCGCUGGCCCAUGGGGUGAUGAUGACCCCUCGGAUUCUGACACCGGUUCUCGAGGAGGGGGGGAACAAGCUGCGAUGCGGCCGCAACGUGUCCCACAACAUGGAGCUCCUGAGUGAGAGGAUGGCGGUAGCUGAUAGCACUGCAGUGUUCAAGGCCCGGGCACUGGCCUGCGGCCUAGCAGCCGAUGAUUAUGACAAGUUCAAAUCGGCUGGCCUCGACACGAUGGCGCUGUUCGCCUUCUCCUGCAACUAUGUCGAGUCCACCGACGAGACCUCGGCACGCAAGCUCCCUGCCGCAGACCGAGCACAGCGCCUGAAGGAACAACAGCAGCGCAUCACAGGGUUCCAGAUCCGCGGGCCCUAUGAGCCAGGCGACAGCCUGGUUGACAGGGCCGUACAGAUGUACGACCAAGACCGCCUGGCCUACUUCGAGUGGGCGGUCUGCGUGAGUCGCGAGCAUGAGUUGACAUCUAGUUCACGGCGGGAUACCGGCCUCACUUUUGAUGCCCAUGGCGCCCUACGCCUCACCAAGCAAGACAAGAUCGCUCCCUGCGAUGCCUCCAGCGAGCUCCUGAUCCGCUACUGCCUCAUGCGCCGAGGCCUCGCGCUGGAUCAAGCGGGCGUGCUGGCGUACGACCUCCAUGAGACCCUCAUCGAGAAACUCUUCCAGGCACGCCUUCAGACGCCCCCACCGGGCUACGCGAAGGUUUCGCUGGCACAACUGGAGCAGGCAGACAAGAAGUUCUUCUUGUUACUCGGCGAGGAAACCCGGUCCGGCAUCAAGACCACGGCCACAGGCCGUCCAUGUGAUGUGGGGUUCCCGCGAUGCAUUGCCAACACCGAGUUCCUCACGCUUCUUCAGCCACGUCCCUUUGCUGUGUCUGGCUCUGAUGGCCAAGGCCCCUCCAGGAAGCGCCGCCCUGAGUCAGCUGGGCAGGAACGCGGCCGUCCGAAGGGCCGCGGCAAAGGCAAGUCGCGAUCGCAGUCCGCUCCAGGCGAUUUUGCACGGGUGCCUCAAGCUCUGCUUGCCCUUGGCUGCGUCGGCAUGCACCCCACCACCAAGCAGCGCUUCUGUUACAACUUUAACCUCAAGAAGUGCGAGCACUCCGCCAGCAACUCUCCUUGCCCCCGCGGAGCCCACGUCUGUGCUGUGAAAGGUACACACCUGGUGGCCGGGCCGUCGCAGUCCCCUGAUCCAGAAGCCUUGGCCCAAAUUUUCCUUGCCGACCAUGUUGUCACUGCUGAUCGAGUUUUGCGCUUGUUGGAAAUUUUGCCUCAUGACCCGCCGCCACGAGCCAGCUCCCAUCCUGGUUCGUACAGUUUUUCCACCGGUUGUUUCAGCCAAGGCCCCAUGACCGGUCUGCGCCGCUCCUGCGACGCCUAUCCUUUUGUGACGCAGUUCUUGUGCCGAUGUGUCGAAGCCAUCUGCACAUCCCAUGAGUUCACGACCAUUUCUCUUUUUGCAAACUUGCAGGCCACAUUGCAUCGUGAUGCCCACAACGGCGAUGUCCCCAACCUCAUUGCUCCCAUGUCCGCAUUUUGCGGUGGCGAACUGUUUGUUGAGCAUGCCUCCGGCGACUCCCGCCAGUCCGUGGAGGGAUCUGACAUGACAGGCUUCCUCUUGGAUGUCUCCUGCUCUCCCUGGUUGUUCAACGCCAAGGCGUGUCGCCAUUUCACCCUUCCCUGGGAGGACCACCGCAUCGUUCUUGUUGCCUAUUCCGUGUGCCUGGCUCCUGCCCUGCCAAGCCAAGCUCGUGAACGUGCCUCAUCCCUUGGCUUCCGCCUACCAUCUCUUCCAGAAGAAGAGUUGCUGACGCACCAUGCCCUCCACUUGCCCCCCGAGGGCCCCCUGUUCGUGGAGCUGUGUGCUGGCACCGCUCAGCUCAGCGCCUGUGCUGCCAAGCGGGGCUUCGUCCCCCUUGCUGUCGAUCACGCGUCCAACAGACAUCAUCCAAAGUUCUCGAUCCAGAACCUCGACCUCAGUUCUGCCGAUUCUUGGACCUCCCUGAGGCAUGUUCUUCGAUGCCACCGCCAGCGCGUUGCACACGUGCACAUCUCCCCUCCUUGCGGUACAUGCAGCCGAGCCCGCGGGCUCCCUCUCCCCGAUGGCCGCCCAGGCCCCCCACCGCUUCGCGAUGCACUCCAUCCCUGGGGUCUACCCGAUCUCCCCGCAAGGGAUCGGGCUAAAUUCGAGCAAGCCAACUCCUUGUAUGCUCACAUGGUUGAGUUUAUCAAGUUUUUGAUUGCGGAGGGCAUUCCUUGGACCAUCGAGAAUCCAUCCCGGUCUUGGUUGUGGAAGCUUCCUCCCGUUCAGGCCCUGGUCGAACAGCAUUUCAUGGUGCACUGCGAGGCCUGUGCAUUCGGCAGCAAGCGUCGGAAGAAGACAGCUUUCCUCGCUUCCCACGAAGACUUCCACCUCCUCGCCCGCUUGUGCCGUGGAUGCUUGUCACACGAGCCCUGGGGUGUGACGCCUGAUGGCGAGUUCUGCACCGCUCGCGAGGCCGCCUUCCCCAUCGCCAUGUGCGAGACUCUGUGCGACGCCGUGGAGGCCCUUUGCCUUAAGCGCGGCUGCGCUCCCGGUUCUGCGAAAACACUAGUUGCACGGGCACAGAAGCAGCCUCGCGGCCGUGCAACUCCUCAGCUCAUCCCUGAGUACUUGCACGUUGAAAGCCUUGUGCUGCCCCAGGUUCCUCCCGUUGACGGCAAAAAGUGCAUCCUUCACACUGUCGAGUCCGUUCCCGCUGGCAGCAAGUUGCUACGUUGUGCAGAUAGGGGGUCGGGUAGGUUCUUGUGUGUUUUCGGGGUUUAUAGGUCCCCGCUGGCCUUUGCAAACCUCUCACGCCAACUCUGGCACCCCUACGACUCUCUUGUGCAACUGCCUGACCGCCUCGCCCGGUCCUUGUUCAACCAGCUCACCUUCUCGCCACACGAACUUUCAGCCCACAGGCUGCAAAAGCUCAAAACGUGGAGGUCUUGGGCAUCGGACCUCAGUGCACAAGAGUCCGCGCUCAAAGCCUCCCUGCACCCGGCAGUCGCUUCAAUUCUCAUGUCGAAGAGAAUUUGCCUGAUGCGCAGGAUAGCAGAAAGCAUACAGUGGCCUGACAUGGCCAUCUUCGAUGAGAUGUGCGAAGGCUUUAGGCUAGUGGGUCACGGAACCAAGUCCGGGCUCUUUCGGCCGGGCGUCCGGCUGGCAUCAAUGUCGGAAGGCGAACUCAUGGAGUCGGCCCGUCAUUUGCGGCCUCAGCUCCUAGCAAAGGUGGUGCAAGAAAAGCAUGGCGAUUUUUCAGAGGAGCUCCAUGAGACAACAAUGAAAGAGGCAUCGGAGAAGGGAUGGCUCGAAGGGCCGUUUUCGCCUGCAGACAUGGACAAGCGCUUUGGGAACUGGCUGCCAGUUCGGAGGUUCGCGGUGGCCCAGAAAGGGAAGAUCAGGCCCAUCGAUGACUUCAAGGAGAAUCUCUUGAACAACGCCUACACCGCGGUGGAGAAGGUAGUUCUGUCGGCAAUGGACCACCUGCUAUGGAGCCUCCAGCUCUCCUCGGGUGAGAUCCUGAGCGGGAAGGUCCACCACUCUUGGGUCGCCGGAGAAGGAUCUCUGGUUGCAACCGCCCUUGAUCUUCGGAGCGCCUACAAACAGCUCCCCCUAAGUCCCCUAGACCAUGAUAAGACUGUUGUGGUUAUUAGGCACCAAGGCCAGCCGGCCUGCUUUGUCAUGCACACGCUCCCUUUCGGGGCGGCAGCAAGUGUCGACAAGUUCCUUCGCAUCAGUGCGUUUAUCCAGGCCGCGGGGUGUGAGCUGUCCCUCUUGUGGACGAACUACUUUGAUGAUUUCCCCCUCGCUUCGAAUCGUACCACAUCCUCCUCCUGCAUUGCUGCCGCCAAAACCUUCCUGACUCUUAUGGGCUUCGAGUACGCCAGUGACAAGCUGGAACCCUUCAGCCAGACUUGUGAAGUUCUUGGAGUCAGGAUCGACCUCACCCGGGCCGAGCAGGGCUUCAUUGAGGUCUGUAAUAAGCCUUCGAGGAUCCAGGAGGUGCUCCAUCUCCUUGACGGGGCGUUGGGCUCCCACAAGCUUCUUCCCGCUUCGGUGCCAACCUUCGUCGGCAAGUUGCAAUACGCUGAUUCCCAGGUGUGGGGCAGAGCUGGGAAGAUUGCCUUAGGCGACCUUAGGGUUAUAGGAGGGUCUGGCCGGUACCCCGUUAGUCUUAGUCAGGAACAGGUUGAUGCCCUCAAGGUUCUCAGGCUACGAUUCACACGGGGGAAGCCAAUUAGGCUCAGUGCAUCCGAACCAUCGAUGCCCCACGUCAUCUUCACCGAUGGCGCGCUCGAAGCUGGAAAUGCAUCCAUUGGCGGUGUCUUCUAUCCCGCGUGUCGUGAGAUGCCAGCUGAGAAGGGCUUUUAUCAUUCCAUUGGGAAUACCAAUAUAUUUGCGAGGGUCAAACUAUAUCUGUAA